ACGCCGGCGGGGCCGUGAGGGGCUUUGGAGUGGGCCGGGGAUUUCUUUUCUUUUCUUUUUCUUUUCCGUUCUCACUCGUUUUCUAGAGCUUGGUGGUGGCGGGGUUCAGUCAGUGGUGCCGCGGUCUGGCAGCGAGGCGGAGGCGGGCAGCAGGCACCUCGGAGAUCGACCCCACGGCGGGCGGGCGCCGCCCGGGACCUGCGCGUCAGGCCUGUGUUCCGGACUCGGCGGCGGCGGGUCCUCGGCUAGGUUGUGAAUAGUUUGUGAAAUGAGUGACUCAGAAGAUGAUGAUAUACCCCAGCUUUCUUCCCACGCUUUAGCUGCUCUCCAGGAAUUUUAUGCUGAGCAGAAGCAAUACACCAACCCAGAUGGGGAUGAUAAAUAUAACAUUGGGAUAAUCGAAGAGAACUGGUUGAGCCAGUUUUGGUAUACUGAGGAAACCGCUUUAUGCCUGGCACAGGAAGCAAUUGCUGCUGCUGGGAAAGGUGGCAGAAUAGCUUGUGUAAGUGCACCCAGUGUGUACCAGAAGCUCAAGGAGCUGCACAGGGAAGACUUCUCCACAUACAUCUUUGAGUAUGACAGAAGAUUCGCCAUGUAUAAAGACGAGUUCAUCUUCUAUGAUUACAACAAUCCACUGGAUUUACCUGGAAACAUUGCUGCACAUAGUUUUGACAUCGUAGUCGCAGACCCUCCUCACCUUUCUGAGGAAUGUCUCAGGAAGACGUCUGAAACCAUAAAGUACCUGACUCGGGGCAAGGUUCUGUUGUGCACAGGAGCCAUCAUGGGAGAGGUGGCAGCUCAGCUCCUGGGCGUGAAGGUAUGCAAGUUUAUUCCAGAACACGCACGAAACCUGGCAAAUGAGUUCUGCUGUUAUGUUAACUAUGAUUCUGGGCUGGACUGUGGCACCUAAAUACAGAUGUGGACAUUUUACAGUAAAGGACCCCAGGUGGCAUGUCUAUUUACCUCUUUUUGUAUUCUUUUAUUUGAAAAGUUAUAACCUCCUCCUUUACCCUGCCUCAGACAGGGGCUAUCCUGGUCUCAUUUUCAAAAUAAAACUUCUCAUUAUUGUUUCUGUAA